GCAGAGGCGGAGUUUUUAAGGAGGGUCAAAGUUUUAUCCAAACAAAUGCAGACUGUCAUCUGAAGACUAUCAACAUCUGUAACUUUUUAAAGACUUUCACUUGGAACCUGGGGGGUAAAUCAACCAACCGAACAUCCGGCGGAAAGAGCUGUUAGGAGGCGAUUGACCAUGGUCCGUUUUUUGAGAUUUUUCACGGUGGUGGGCGACGACCACCAAGCUGCCUCGAGAUGGCACGAGGAAGACCUACACAAAGUCAGCGAAGACUUGGAGGCUGCAAAACCACCGGCCACACAGCUGACGUUCAGAGACGGUCUGAAAAAUCUCUUCGGCUCAGAGAGAUUUCAGAUAGCUGUUGUGUGCUUGGUGAUCAUGGAUGCCUUAUUUGUGCUGUGCGAGCUGCUCUUAGACCUGUCUAUAAUCGAAGUGGACGAGCACCACAUCGCUCCACAGGUGUUUCACUACCUCAGCUUGGCGCUGCUCACCUUCUUCAUGGUGGAGCUGGCCUUUAAGCUAUACGCGUUUCGGCUCGAGUUUUUCCAUCACAAGUUUGAAGUGUUUGAUGCGAUCGUCGUGAUCGUGUCCUUCAUCCUGGAUAUCGUGUACAUCUCGAAAGAAAACGCCUUUGAUGGCAUGGGCCUGCUCAUCCUGCUCAGGCUGUGGAGAGUGGCCAGGAUCAUUAAUGGUAUUCUGUUGUCAGUGAAGAGUCAAGCUAAUCACAGAGUGCAAAAGCUGAAAGAGGAAAAUGAUCGUCUCCACCAACAAAUCGGCGAGCUGAAAGAGCAUAAAACUGCAAUGGAGCAAGAGGUCAGCAAGCUGAGAGCAGUCUUAGCAAAGCACUCCAUCCAGUACUGAGGACCGUAACUCACUGUUACCAGCUGUACAAAAUACUCAUUAUAAAUGAGAGCCAAUUAAGGGAAAAUAUACUAAACUAACAAUCUAUAGGUCAGAGUUCUACGUUCGUAUUUAACGCCAGCGCUACAAGCCAGAAUCAAAGAGUUCAAAAUUUAAGCUAUACCAAUAAUAACAAGGCCAUGAAGGAGUGUUCAGAGUAGGAAUGUGCUGAUAAUUAAUCAUUAAUAUUAUAACUGUUGCUCAAGGUUUCGCAAUAACAUUGCAAAAUUACAGACUUAACUAAAAACCUGUCAGUCGGAAUUUCUGAUGUCUGACUAGGAAAAAUUCCAAGAACUCGGAAAGCCAGGACAGUCUCCUCAAUCCCAAGUUCAGCAUGUGACCUCAAAUCAACAAGUCCGCUCACAGCAUCCCUAUUAAACGAAGUAGCCCCUUGAGUCAUACUGUAUAUACUAGUAUUUGCUUUAGUGUGUUAAAUCUAUAACAUUGACUGUUCAGUUCACUGUGUACAGUUGAGGAGGGAAAUAUACGUCAGUCAUCACAGUUAGCUGGCUGGAUUUUCACUUACAGAAACAUGAAGGUAUCCAUGUUUUUCAGCUCAGUUUCUAGCUCUAACACACAGAGUUUGAAAACGACGUAAUUCUGAGUUCCAACUUCCUACUUCUGAGUCAAGUCGAGCGCAGAAUCUGUGACUGUUCUGGCCAACAUCCCCCCCCAAUCCCCCAAACCUUCACAGUCAGUCGUAUCCAGUGAACAGAUUCAUGGGAUGGUCUUCUCAAUGGACUUUCCUUCUAAUUUGUCCACGAUAUUGACUAUUAGAAGACAGCUGUACUAUGUAUUCUGACUUUAUUACAGGAAUCAUGAGUACAAAAUCAUGCCUAUCUAUGCAGCCUUCUCCCAGAUGUCACAUGGGUAGUCCUGAUGAUAUUUGAAGCGAGUCAUGAAUAUCACAUUAUGUCAGAACAUGUAACAUUGAGGAUAUUUAAAAAGGGAAUCAACAUAAAGUUUAUAAUAUAUUUCUCAGAAUUAAAUUGUUAAGCCUGUGUUUAGCCUGCUGCAUGAUACUUUACCUAAUAUUUUGUAAAUGAAUCAAGUAUUUUUUAUUUUUAUUUUAAUUGAAAACAGUAUGCAUACAGAAUAAACUAUUACAAAAUGUGAA